AUGGCUGCACUACUCCGCCCUCACCUGCUGCGAGGCAAAACUAGGGGGAGACCCCCAAAGAAAUCUAAAGCAGUACCGGGGGAUGGAAAGCAGAGGCGGGUGCCCCGAGCACAGCUACACCGACGAAAGCCCGCUCACCCUGCAAAACACAACUCGCACAGGACACAGACUAACAUGAAGCGCACGGGGCACGAAACAGCACGGGGCUCCCAGCCUCAUGGGGCCAGCGCCCAACGCUCUGCAGUGACACAAGCGACGGAGAAGUCUACAGGUGGCCCACUGGUGACACAACACCUCCGAAACCCUGCUAAAUCACCUUGCUGCUGCUUACCGAGGUGGAGCUCGGGAGGGGGCCAACACUAUGCACGCAACCGACCGAGUCGUGCAGCACACACUCAGCACUACAGAUCACAGCACAACCGUAGCCCGGCAGGAGGACUUUGCACUUAUUUUAUCAAGGGGGCACAAGAGAGCAGAUACACCUGGGUCUGGUGGCGUCCACACGCCUGGGAAGCAGAGCGGCUGGAGUCCUGCUCAAGGCUACCGAGUGGCAUCGGAUGA